CGGUUCCUCCGGAAGAUGGCGAUAGUAACUCGACACGGACGCCUCAGCAGCGCGAGAAGAAACGACCGGAAGCGGCAGCAGCGAAAGCGGAAGUGCAAAAAUGGAGGCGGCCGUGUUCAUUUCAUCCCUCGUCGACUGCUGUGCUUUAAUAUUCCUCUCCGUGUAUUUCGUAUCCUUGAUAAACUCUCGAGCGGAGUGAAGAUGAGUGUAUUCCUCUGUUCUGUUCUUGUUAUUUCCCUAACCCGGUCUCAGAUCAUCACUCUGUCUGAUCUGGAGUGUGAUUACAUCAAUGCUCGCUCCUGCUGCUCCAAACUCAACAAAUGGGUCGUUCCUGAGAUGAUCGCUCAGGCUCUGGCCAUGCUCCUCAUGCUGGGCUCCAUGCACUGGUUUGUGUUCCUGCUCAACUUCCCCGUGGCGUCCUGGAACGUUUACAGAUACGUGAAGGUUCCUGUGGGGAACAUGGGAGUGUACGAUCCCACAGAGAUUCACAACAGAGGCCAGCUCAAAUCCCACAUGAAGGAAGCCAUGAUCAAACUGGGCUUCCACCUCCUCUGCUUCUUCAUCUACCUGUACAGCAUGAUCCUGGCUCUCAUCAACGACUGACCCACAACUGUCUUCACAACACAAACUGCCAAAUCAUGAACUGGCCUUUACAUAUUGUGAACAAACUCCACGCAUCCCAAUCAGAAGAUCAGCCCAGCUCGUCUGCGGACCCCAAACCCCCAGCGCAGGCCCGUGUGUGCCCCUCACUGGGGUUUCUCUGAACCUUGCACUGCUUCUCAGGGCUGAAGCAUCAGUGAAUCACUCCACGUCUGUUUGACCAGCAGCUGCACACUAAACACGCUCAGUUUCUCCACUGGAUACACUGACUGUCACACAAUUCUGAUUUUUUUCUUGCAAUUCUGAGAAAGAUUGGUGUGAUGUAAACU